AUGGAACCGGAUCAGUCAGAGGUUGAGAGCAUCGACACAACGGACGUGGAAAGUACAAGGAUGCCGAGCAGUUCGAGCAAGAGCCGCAAGUCCAAGAGGAACAGGAACAGAACUUGGGACGAGUUCCUAAUAGCGGUCAAGCACCAUUUCGACCCCGAUAUCUACAUCGAUCACUUGGGAACCCUUGCUACUCUGCGACAGACAGGAUCAAUUGAAGCCUACCAAACGGCCUUCGAGGACACUAUGCAGCGUCUCUCCAACGUAUCAGACGAUACCCUUAUGUCUCUGUUCAUCGCUGGCUUGCGAGACCCAAUCAAGAAGGACCUGCUAACAAGGCGACCCUCAUCCCUGAACGAGGCAUUCGCCCUAGCCCAGCAGGUGGCGGCUUGUCAGAUUCUCCUGACCGGAGCACCCCCCACACCCAAAUCAAGCUUGCAGGACCGUGAGACCCGCCAACGGAACUUCUCUUCGGGACUCUCUACCACGGUGCAACACCGCCAGGGGCAAGCCCCGCCUGGACAGAACCGCCCACCCUACCCGAUUAUCAAGGUGUCCGCGGCUAAACGGGCAGAGAAACAGAGGAAAAAUGAGUGCUAUUACUGCCCAGAAAAAUACACUCGCGACCAUGUGUGUAGUAAGAAGUUCUAUGCCUUGAUCGGCGAGGAUGAUGAGGAAUUUUUGGAUGACCCGAACGAAGAAACCAACACUGAUCUGGAUGGUGAAAACAUGGUAAUUACAGGGGAUGUGUCGAGCAUUCACAUGGUCAACCCAAGACUUAAACCUCGUUCAAUUCGAUUGCUGGGAACAAUUAAUGGCAAGACGGUGAACGUGCUGAUUGAUCGCAGCAGCACACAUAACUUCAUUAAGCCCGCCGUCGCUGAACAGCUAAGUCUCCCUGUGCUUUCGGGACACGCUUUUGAAGUUGAUCUAUAUAUCCUCCAAGUGGAGGGACCUGACGUCAUUUUGGGCGUCCAGUGGCUGCAAGAGCUGGGCGACGUCACUAAGAAUUACAAGGAGCUGACUAUGCGGUUUGAAUUGGGUGACAAACAAAUUUUCCUCCAGGGUGAAGCUGCCGAUCAGCCGACACCCGACCCUCCGUCCCCAGAUCCCCUUCCGUUCGUUGACCCUGUUCUGGGGGUGGUCCUGGCCAAAUUUCAGCCGGUGUUCGCGGUUCCAACGGCCUUACCUCCGGCACGUCGCUGGGACCACCGGAUCCAUCUGACUCAUCCAAACCGCCCGAUCAACGUCCGCCCAUACAGGUACCCAUACUUCCAGAAGACAGAGAUUGAGCGACUAGUUCAGGAGAUGCUCGAGCAAGGGGUUAUUCAACAUAGCACGAGCGCAUUCUCCUCUCCCGUCCUGUUGGUCCGUAAGAAAGACGGCACUUUCAGAUUUUGUGUCGACUACCACGCGUUGAACGCAGCUACUACACCGGAUCAUUUCCCGAUCCCCACGGCAGAUGAAUUGUUUGAUGAAUUACAUGCUGCGAGGAUAUUUACUAAGUUGGAUCUGCGGUCCGGUUAUCACCAAAUACGCAUGCAGGUGGAUGACAUCCACAAAACGACCUUCCGUACUCAUGAUGGCCACUUUGAGUUCCUCGUCAUGCCCUUUGGUUUGACCAACGCUCCCUCAACUUUUCAGGCAGCAAUGAAUGGUGUUUUUAGCCGUUCCUACGGAAGUUUGUCAUUGUUUUCUUUGACGAUAUUCUGGUCUACAGCAGCUCUAUUCAGGACCACGUGGGACACCUUUCUCAAGUCCUCACUAUUCUUGCUGAAAAUUGCUUCUAUAUUAAGUUAUCCAAAUGCUCUUUUGGAGUCAACACCAUCGAAUAUUUGGGGCAUAUUAUUUCAGCUGGCGAGCUUCGAGCAGAUAAAGCCAAGAUCGAGGCAAUGGUUGCCUGGCCCACCCCCACCACGAUCAAGCAACUCCGAGGUUUCCUAG